AUGCUCCUGCUUGUGGCUGGUGGAAACCUGCGCACGCGGGGUCGGGAGCCCCUCUGGUCACCCGCUGCCCCUCGGGAAGAGCCUCCCCAGCCCGGUCGAGCUUCCUCCCGGGCCCCCGGGGACAGGCGAGGCGGGGCUCCGGAACUCCCGGGCGCCAUCGCCCGGCGGGGCGGGCGGCUCCAACCAGCCCGAACCGGCCGCGAGGGCGGAACAAAGGCGCUUUGUGCGCGGGGCAACCGGCCUGGGGUCCGAGAGCGGCCUGCCCGGCGCAGGCCGAUGGCCAGCGAGCCUCGCGUCUGGGCCCCCGAACCCUGCUCCCGCCCAGCGCCCGGGCCCCGGCCCCUGCUCCGCGCCCGCCCCGAGCCCCCGCCUGGCCCGCUCGUCCCCCCGCCCGCCGGUCGGUGUGUCCGGCCAGCGGCCGCCCGUCCCCACUCGGGCACUCACCUCGGCGGCGACCCCUCGCGGGCCUCGGCGCACGGUCACGGCGGCGGGGACGGAGGCGCUAGAUCACGGAACCCAUUUGCAGCAGACACGGCGGGUGGCCGCUCCACGACCGCGAAGCGCGGAAGAUACUGGGCGUCCAGCACGCCGGCCCGGCGUCCGGUCCCUGCCGCCUUGCAGGGACCUCCCAGCGAUGGGAAGCUGGAGAGCCCGCAGUGUCCGCUGGCCGCUGUGGAACCCACACCCCUUUUCCCCCAGCUCCAGUCUGCAUCCUGCUGCUGGCAGGGUGCAGCCUUGGGCCGUUCCUCUGCGGGCGCCUUUCUCCCUCCCUGCGCCCCCGCCGCCGGCCGUCGUCCCUCCGCGCGCCCCCUUCCCGUGCCUGCGCGCCUUUGUGGCUGCGUCCCUCGCGGCAUCCUCCCCCGCGCCCGCGGCCCCGUGUCCCUGCACCCCUCGCGUCCCGCCCCCGGCCGCGCCCGCGCCCCUCCCCCGCCGGUACCGCAUUGCCGUACUGCAGGGGCGCAGUGCAUUGCGCCCGCGCCGUCAGUAGGUGGACCCCCUCCUGCAGAGAUAAAACCGCCGGCGCCGGCGCCGCCAGUCCCUCUGGCUGAGACCUCGGCUCGGGGUAAGGACGCUUGGCCUCGGGGCCCCCCGCCCCGGCCCCCAGCUUUCCGCAGCGGGUCCCCUCCCCGGGGGCAGGUCCUGGACGCAGAGAGGAGCUGGGGCCCGGCGCCUGGCGAGGCUGCGCUGCUGGCCGCGGGGAUCCGCCGCCCACCCCGGGCGCCCGGACCGGCGCUGGGGUCGGUCCUUGCGGGCGGCGGGGAGGAGGGUGGGAGCCCCGCGGCGCUUGUUUACGAGGCGGCGGCCGUCGCUGCUAGCCGUGACCUUGGGACCGCCCGGGGCCCCGCGGGGUUGGGGCAGGGUCUUCAGUGCUGGCGGCUGGUGGGGGUCGGGCCACUGGGGGUGCCCUGGCGACGGAGGCAGUGGAGGGGGUGGCCGUGA